GGUCAAAGGGGCCGAGCUUCGUGUCAAGCAAGGAGUUUGAUUAUGACUUCCAUAGCAAGAGAAACCUUGUGGACAACUGCUGUUUAAAACAUAUUCACGCAAUAUGUGUGCACGGCGAUUGAUGUUCCUGUCAAAGCGAGUAUAGGUUGCUAUUCAAUCUCUGUCGAAAUGAUACGGACACUAAACAGCGCGUCAUUUGCUGCCUUAUUUGCAACGGUGCCAAAGUCCGUGACAUGCAGAACAGCUAGAAUACACAGUUCGUAUGAUGUGGCUGUGGUGGGUGGAGGCAUCGUGGGCCUGGCCUCAGCCAGAGAGCUCAUCCUCAGACACCCCAUGCUUAGCUUCAUUCUGCUGGAGAAGGAGAAGGACCUGGCCAUCCACCAAAGCGGCCACAACAGUGGUGUGAUCCACAGUGGGAUUUACUACACCCCGGCUCUGAAGGCCCGUCUCUGUGGCAAAGGGGCCGCUAUGGCCUACGAAUACCUGGACAAGAAAGGACUCCCCUAUAAGCGGUGUGGAAAGGUGAGUUCUCUCAAAUGCGGUGAGUGAGAGGAGAUUCCCAGGCUCAAAGCCCUGUACGAGGGUGGACAGAAGAACAGCAGUGCGUGACCCACCAUGAUAGACGCCAAGGGGAUCCGAGAGAGAGAGCCCUACUGCAGGGGUCUGAUGGCCCUCGACUCUCCUUACACUGGCAUCGUGGACUGGAGGCUGGUGUCACUGGCAUAUGGCAAGGACUUCCAGGAGGCAGGAGGGACCGUGGUUACUGAAUAUGAGGCUAGUGACAUGGCCAUGGUGAAGGAAAGCCCUGGUGGUAACACUGACGGAAUGAAAUAUCCCAUCGCUAUCAGAGAUUCAAAGGGUACGGAGGUAAGGUGUCGGUAUGUGCUGACCUGUGGUGGUCUGUACUCUGACCGCCUACGCUCAGAUCUCUGGCUGUCCAGACCCGCAUUGUCCCCUUCAGAGGAGAUUACCUGUCCAGACCCUCGCAUUGUCCCCUUCAGAGGAGAUUACCUGGUCCUGAAGCCUGUCCUCUAGAAACACUACCUGGUCCGGGGCAACAUCUACCCCGUUCCUGACCCUAGGUUCCCCUUCCUGGGGGUCCACUUCACCCCGCGGAUGGACGGCAGUGUUUGGCUGGGUCCCAACGCCGUCCUGGCCUUUAAACGAGAGGGAUACAAGCUGUACGACUUCGAUGCCCGGGACUUUGGAGAUGCACUUUCAUUCAGAGGUCUGCAGAAACUGGUGAUGAAUAACCUAGUGUAUGGUGUUGGAGAGAUGUACAGAGGGGUGUUCAUCGGGGCUCAGGUCAAGAUCUUAAAGAAGUUCAUCCCAGAGCUCUCUCUAAGCGACGUACUCAGGGGUCCAGCAGGGGUGAGGGCCCAGGCUCUGGACCGCGAUGGGAACCUGGUAGAUGACUUUGUGUUUGACGUUGGUGUCGGGGAUGUGGGCAGCAGGGUACUCCAUGUACGCAACGCUCCCUCGCCCGCCGCCACCUCUUCCCUGGCCAUAGCAGAGAUGGUAGCAGACGAGGUGGCGAGACGUUUCAGCCUCUAAAAACUCUUCGGAUACUUACCAAAUGGCAUCCUAUUCCCUACUUUUUGACUUCUGUACACAACUUUUGACCAGAGCCCACAGGGAAUAGGGUGGCAUUUGGGUUGUACUUUACACUUCCCCAGUGGAAAGAAGUAACAACAUGGAUCCAUCUGAUCCAGCUGCAGGUCCAUCUAGUGAUCUAGUGAAGCGGUGAUGACGCUGAUCUCAGGUCAGUUCUGCAUUUUUCCCCAAUGGUUAGUUUGGAGUGGGGGUGAGUGUAAGCUGAUCCUGGAUCUGCGCCAAGGGUGAAACUUCACCAGGAAAUGAUCCAUCCAAUCUGUUAACUACUGCUCACUGGUCCAGCAUCUAUCUGCGUCAGCAGAGUGAGGUUACAAAAAUCCGGUGACUCUCCAAAAUUCCCAGGUUUUCCAGGUUGGAGUAUUCCAGGAUUAUCUGCUUAGUUCCUCCCUUAAUUGCAGGAAUAUUCCAACAGGGAUUUCUGGAAAACUCGGGAGGUUUGUUAAAGCUACUGGAAUUUGAAACCCUACAGCAGAGUGGUCAGGCCAGAAUGGAGUAGACAGAGCAGCAUGUACUGAAUGGAGCAUGUAAAGUGCAUUUGGAAAAUAUUCAGAUUCCUUGAUCUCUUUCCCACACACACACACACACACACACACACAUUUUGUUUUGUUACAGCCUUAUUUUACUCAACACACAAUACCUUACAAUGACUAAAGGAAAACAGGUUUUUAUAAAUGUUUGCUAAUUUAUUUAAAAUAAAAAAAGGCACAGAUCCUGGUAAGUGUACCAAAACAUUUCUGCAGCAUUAAACUCCACCAAUCAGGUAGUGGCCAGACGGAAGCCACUCUUCAGUAAAAGGCACAUGACAGCCUGCUUGGAGUUUGCCAAAAGUCAAUUUAAAGACUCAGACCAUGAGAAACAAGAUUAUCUGGUCUGAUGAAACCAAGAUUAAACUCUGUGACCUGAAUGCCAAGUGUCAUGUCUGGAGGAAACUUGGUAACAUCCCUAUGGUGAAGCAUGGUGGUGGCAGCAGCAUCAGGCUGUGGGGAUGUUUUUCAAUGGCAGGGAGUGGGAGACUAGUCAGGCUCGAGGGGAAAGAUGAACGGAGCCAAAUAUAGAGAGAUCUUUGAUCAAAACCUGCUCCAGAGCGCUCAGGGCCUCAGACUGCGUUGUCAUUCUGGGGUAUUGUGUGUAGAUUGAUGGGGGAGAAUGUAAUUUUAAUUAAUUUUAGAAUAAGGCUUUAAUGUAACAAAAUGUGAAAAAGUCAGGGGGGGCUGAAUACUUUUCCGAAUGCAUUGUAGAUGAGAAGAUUAGAGGGUAAUUGUGGUCUAUAGGAUCCCUUAAGCAAAGGGCCUAGACUAGGGUUGAAUAUUUUCCCAGUAUUUUAAAUGUUCCAUCCCGAGAAUAAAUCACUUUUCUUACCCAGUAUUUUCCAUCAAAACCGUAAGUGUCAUUCAAAAGCAUUAUAAAGCAUAUAAAUAGGUCCAUGUCUGGAUUUGAAUUGCACAAUUGGCCCAGCGUCGUUCGGGGAGGGUUUACUUGGCUCAUCGCGAUCUUGCGACUCCUCGUGGUGGGCCAGGUGCCUGCAGGAUGACGUCAGUUCAAUGGUGUUUCCUCCGACUCAUUGGUGCAGCUGUCUUCCGGGUUAAGCAGGCGGGUGUUAAGAAGCGCAGCUUGGUGGGUCAUGUUUCGGAGGACGUAUGACUCGACCUUCGCAUCUCCAAAGCUCGUUGGAGAGUUGCAGCAAUGAGACAAGAUCGCAAUUGGGGAGAAAAUGGGGGUAAAAUACCAAAAAAAUAACUAAAAUAUGAAGAAAAUUCAAGCCUGAUGCUACCUGAGCCUGAUGGGUCCUACAUUAAUAAAGACAUUUAAUGAGCCCAAUCCCAAAUAAGUUUUUCAAUAGAUAUGACAUAGGCUACUGCACAUUACACACGACAGAGCAACAUAAAUUCCCAUAGAUGGAGCUAGCUAUAUGCUCUCUUGGGUAAAUAAAACUAGCUCCAGUAGGCUAAUCUGUUUGAGUGUGAACUGUAUUACUGUACUGUAUUAUAUUAUAUGGACUAGAAUUACGUACGUCAUUCGAACCGUGAUAAGCAGGGAGAGAGCACAAGCGAUUCUGGUGCAGCACAUACGGCCUAAAAAGUUACAAGUAUAGGCUAGCGAUUUUGAUUUAUAAUUUUGAAAUAAUAAUAGUGCCUAUUUGCAUAAUUAGUAGGCUGACUCAUAUGUUGCUUUCAUAUUUCCCCAUAUGUCAUUAGCCUACGUCCUCUCUCUAUUGUUGCUUCAUUCCGUGCCUCGUUUUCAACAGUUAAAUGAAAUGUUUCGUGUCCUAAAUCAAUUUAAUGACAUCCUUGAAUAAUAUAGGACUAGAAUUCGAUGCAGAAGGCUUUCUCUUCACGAAGAUUGAAUGGUUCUGGGUCUGAAUAAAUAACUGCUAUAGUCUACCGCCAUCACUCUUUCAAACGAUGUGGAUGAUAGGUCUACGUGCAUUGUGAACUGCGUUCCAGACUGAGCAGGGCUGCAUGAUGGAUGAAUCAACGAGCAGGGUGGGGACAGAGGCCGUAGAGAAGACACAUUUAGACAUCGCAUAUCAUUUAACAGUUCCAUUUCACCACAUGCUGUUAAUAUAAAUAAUGUAUUAUAAUUUAUGGGGUUCUCACAGUUAUUUAUCCGGGGGGAAAUGAGUGGUUUUGGCCAAUAAAUCUCAGUAACCGUGUUCCCGCCGUACAACCCAUGUCCAUGCUACCGAGGACCAGUUUUCCAGACACAGAUUAAACCUAAUCUUGGACUAAAAAGCAAAUAAAAUGGAGAAUCUCCGUAGAAAUAGCUUUUAUACCGACCCCUUAACGUUUGAAAUGUAGUUGGAUGCCCCAAAAAUGAGUUGGUUGCACAGAUGAUGCCAAGAAUUCACCAAGAAUGUUCUAAAUUAAAGACCUGCUCCACUGUGGUCCUGUAUUCUCAUGUGAUCCCUCUCAUUGCUUUGGUUUUGGAUAAUGACAAUGUACAGUAGUGCUAAAAAUAUGUUGGUGUUCUCCACCAUUUCUGCUUUCUGAUAUUUUUUUUGUUAACGCACUGAUUUUAGGAUGUUUAAAACCAUUUAUUUUAUAACAAACUGAAAAUAUUUAUCAAAGUUUUGCGGUAAGAAUACUGCCAUUUUUCAUUUUGCCGCAGUCACAUUCUUUGAUAGUGAUUGUUUUUGAAAACGGUGUGAUUUUUGUUAGCCUGUUUAUUGAGAUGAUAUGAAACGGUUUAAUGAAUUUGUCUUCUAAUUAUAAUUCUCUCAUUUUGAGAUGUGUGAGGUGUACAAGUCCAGAGACAAACGUUUAUUACAGAAAUUCGAUGUAUUUUAAAUAAAUGAUUUUUCCCAUUA